UCCGCCAUUUUUUAUUAUCCCUCUGUUCGGUCGUUUAGCUUUUCAUUCCGUAAGCGCGUCGUUCACUGUGUGGCUUCUUUUCCCAGUUUAUCGCCAGGGAAAAAACGCAAAUUUCGGCACAAAAACGUAGCGGUUCCCCGUGGGAACCAGCCAGAAGUGAAGAUUAUCCGAUCGAGCGGAGAAAGGAAGUGAAAAUUCCGUGAAGUGGAACCGAUUGACAGUGAUUGGAAGCAAAAACCGGACACGGCGAAUUUUAGCGCGGCUGGAUCUCCCGGACGGUGUUUUCUUAUCGAAAGUUUUAUUUUCGUAGCGGUCACUUGAGGGCGUAGGAAUUGCCAACGGCAGCAAAUUGCCACCACUGGGAAGUGUUUCGUCGUGUUAUCAAAUCAGGAGAAGCAUCAGCUAUUUUCAUCAAUAACUUUUGGGCGGAAAAUCAAGGAAGCGUCACCCGGGAAGGAAAAUGACCGAUAGCAAAGGUUAUGCUGUUAACGAUCUGGUCUGGGCCAAGAUGAAAGGCUUCUCGCCCUGGCCAGGUCGUAUCUCGGAGCCCCCGGCAGAGCUUCGCCGUAUUACCGUCAAGAAAAACAUUCCCGUUCGAUGCAUUUUCUUCUUUGGUUCCAACAACUAUGCAUGGAUCGAGGAAACACAAAUCAAGCCAUACCAGGAGUUCAAAGAGAAGCUGCUCUCGUCGUGCAAGUCGGCCGGCUUCAAGGAGGCCGUCCAGCAGAUCGAAGAGUUCAUCGCCUCGCCGGAAAACUUCCAGCAUCUGUUCGCCUCGGAGCAGGACAACCGCCCCGAUCCGGACGUCGAGUUCAACAAACUGCGCGAAGGUGGCACCGAAAGCGGCGAGGAAACGACCGUCAACAACACGUCCACCCCGGCAGCGCUGGAAUCGGUCGAAACGACACCCGUAACGGCCAAGAAAUCCGCCGCCAAAAAGAAAGUACGUGCUUCACUGCCCAUCAAGUUGCAUGUGGAUAAGGCUGCUUCCACAACCAAAGCCCGCGCGAUAGGCAACAAAGCGAAAGCGGCAGCGGCCCUGAACGACACUUCAUCGCCCAAACGCAAACGGAAAAUCCUCAACGAUACCGCCGGCGAUGUGUCCUCACUUGAUCUCGACACUUUCUCCCCGGUGCGGCGCAAUGUACCUGUAUCACAUCUGUUGAACCGACCAACGGUUGCCCGCCCGGCAACGCCGGAAAUCGAUAUGACCAGCGUGUCGAACGCGCUCCAGUCGCGCAACAUUCAGGCCUCGAAUCUGAAGUUCGGCUUCCUCGGACUCGGCAUCAUGGGCUGCGGCAUGGUCAAGAAUCUACUCAAUUCCGGCCACUCGGUCGUGGUUUGGAACCGGACGGCCACCAAGUGUCGGAAGUUCCAGGAAGCGGGCGCCGAAGUCGCCGACACCCCGUCGGACGUGAUCGAAAUGACCGAUGUGACGUUCUCGUGCGUUGCCGAUCCCCAGGUUGCCAAAGAGUUGGUAUUCGGAAAUUGUGGCGUCAUGUCGGCCAAUCUGGUCGGCAAAGGCUACGUUGAGAUGACCGGCGUCGAUCCCGAAACGUCACAUGACAUUGCAGAGCAAAUUAUCGCCAAGGGAGGACGAUAUCUAGAAGCACAAAUUCAGGGAUCCAAGAACCAAGCGGAAGAGGGAACGUUAAUAAUUCUGGCCGCCGGCGAACGGUUGCUGUUCGAGGAAUGCCAGACCUGCUUCGAGGCCAUCUCGCGCAACUCGUUCUACAUGGGCGACGUGGGCAAUGCCACCAAGAUGAAUCUGGUCCUGCAGAUGAUCUCCGGCGUGAUGCUGGCCGGUAUUGCCGAAGGGCUGGCGCUGGCCGAUCGAGCGGGUCUUCAACAGAAGGAUGUCCUGGAAGUGCUGGAACUGACAAGCAUGUCGUCAGAGCUGGUCAUGCAGAAGGGAAAUGCAAUCAUCAAGGGUGAAUUCCCGCCCCAGCAGGCACUGAAGCACAUGCAGAAGGACCUCAAGCUGGCGCUGAACAUGGCCGAAGGUCUGGAGCAGCCCCUGCCCAUCACGGCCGCCUCCAACGAGGUGUACAAGCACGCGAAACGCCUCGGCUACGGUUCCCACGAUUCCAGCGCAGUUUACGUGCGGGCAAGGUUUUAACAGCGACUCGGUCUAGCGCUGAAAGGAGGAGAUGUGAGCUUGAAGAGUUGAACGGCGACGAUGAAGAAGGAAUGCAUAUAACAGCGUGGGGAUGGACCAAGAUGGAUGGAAUAACGCAUCCCUGUUGGGCACCCCCGAAAUGUUGGGGUGUGUAGGGACGGCGUGGACGUUUGAAAAAAGGUUGAAGGAUUAUUUUUAGUAGCUAUUUUUUUGUUUUCUUUUAGUAGCAAAAACGAAUCCCUUUUCAGGAGGUUUAAACGUGACUACGCAAGUAGAUGGUGAAUAAGAAGAAAUCUGGUAAUUUAUAUUUUACCUGUUUAAGCAAUAAGACUACAAUUUCGGAAAGUAAACUGAUAAAUUCUAUGGUAAAAAAACACAUUUCUUUUGAUGUAAAUGAUUUUUGUGCACCUCCCAUGCGAAGAAAAUAGAUCCCGCACUAAAUAGCCAGCAGCAGCACAUUUGACUGUACUAUUUCCCCAAAAAAAAAGCAACACAAAAACCGUGGGAAUUAUGUGCAAACCUCGAUUUCCUUGAGUCAGGAAGGAAACAAGUCGCCUCUAUUAAAAAAAACUACUUUUGCCUAUAUUAUAGUUUUACAUUGUAAGUUUUAUUAAUGAAAGAAUAAGAUGCACGAAAAAAAAGAAGAGGGUGGAUUAUAAUUUUCUGUUUCGUAGUUGAUUUAUUUUAUAACGAAAUUAAAGUGGAUCAUUUACAACAGUUCAUUAGGGGGGAUAAUCCGAAUCGAAUCCGGUUGGGGGGUUCGCCAUUAAGAGGCCGGACGAGAAAAGUAUCUAUAGAGAACGAACAGAAUAUUUGUCGUACGCCCACUUACGCACUGGAAGAAAAAAAAAACGAACAGAUAUAUUUUAUUUUUAUUGUUUCCUAAGUUUGACUAGCUUUUCCAAAUCAUCAAUACCAGACAAGAGCAUAGAAAUAAAAAACAAACAAAUCAUAAUGGAUUUCUAUUUUCGUGAAACAAGUGGAUCGUAAAAUAAAUGAAAAGUGUUUAAAACAA